AUGGCAUCAAAAAUCCAACUGAAUGCUACAUUAAGCAACCUCAGCCACAUUAUUGCCAACCUACACAACCAACAACCCAGCACAAGCUCUGAAACCACAACUAAGCCUAUUUCAUCCCCAGUUAGAAGAUCAAGAAGAAGAGCUAAAGUCCCUGGCCCCGACUCUGCCGAGAUUUAUCUAAUAUUCAUUAUGGCAUAUGACCGAUAUGUUGCUAUAUGUGAUCCUUUACACUAUCAAACUAUUUUGAAUAGGAAACAUUGUCUCUUAUUGGCAUCUGGCACUUGGAUAUCAGGAAGCUUAAACUCUUUUGUGAUUAUAACCCCAGUAUCACACAUGUCCUUCUGUCAUUCUCGGACUAUACACCAGUUUUUCUGUGAUGCUAAAGCUCUGAUUAACAUCUCCUGUGCUGGCAGUAAAGAUGCUUAUAUUGUAAUCUAUAUGGAAUUAUUGACAUAUGGAGUUUUCCCAGUCAUGUUCUUUUUGACAUCUUAUGUAAAAAUUAUUAGGGUCAUCUUACAAAUAAAAUCUAAGGAAGGAAGAAAGAAAGCCUUCUCCACCUGCUCAUCCCACCUCACCAUUGUCAUCAUGUUCUAUAUGACAGUUUUGUCUGUGUACAUGACACCAACAUCAGAAUACACUGAUGUCCUAGAACCAGUAUUUAGUGUACUGUACUCAGUUGUAACUCCCAUGAUGAACCCUCUGAUCUACAGUCUACGAAAUAAAGAUGUGAAAAGGGCUCUGCUGAGACUACUGGGGAGGAAAAAAAGUAUUGAACAGUAA